UCAAAGUCGUAGGGGUGACUGGAUAAGGUCACGUAGGUCAUUUAUUUGAAGUAGACAAGUACAGUGUCAGUUCAUUUUCAGUAAAAAAUUUCAAUAUUUGCAAACCCUAACUAACGUCUGGUUGGUGCAGGGGUAUAAAUACCAAAUUUGACGAAUAUUGAUCACUAGAUCCUGAGACUUCACUACGAGUGUUCGUAUUCCAAAUAUUUUUAAUUUUGAUUUAGGCAUUUGCAAGUACUUUUUCACAACGGUUAGAUAUUUUUAAACAUAUAUUUGAAUAAAGAAGAGGAAGACUACAGAAAACUUUUUCACUACUUUUGGAAAAUAUUUCUCAUAAAACAUCAAAAUGAGCCGCAAAUUCAUCGUUGGUGGUAACUGGAAGAUGAACGGCGAUACUGAUCAGAUUGUUGAAAUCGUCAAGAAUUUGACUCAGCUGCCCCUGGAUCCUAAUGUAGAGAUCGUGAUAGGCAUACCUUCAAUUUAUGUAGCUUAUGUGAAGAGCAUUGUUCCUAACAACGUUGCAGUCGCAGCACAGAACUGUUGGAAGGCUGCUAAAGGCGCCUUUACAGGUGAAAUCUCUGCGCCUAUGAUCAAGGACGUAGGCGCUGAAUGGGUGAUACUUGGUCACUCCGAAAGAAGAAUUAUAUUCAAUGAAGAAGACGAUCUAAUUGCUGCUAAGGUGGCUCAUGCUUUGGAGUCGGGCCUAAAAGUAAUAGCCUGCGUCGGAGAAACUCUCGAGCAAAAAGAUUCUGGCAUUACAGAAGAGGUUGUGACCAAGCAGAUUAAGGCUCUAGUGCCAGCUAUUGGUAAUAACUGGCAGAAUGUUGUGCUGGCUUAUGAACCAGUUUGGGCUAUUGGCACGGGCAAGACUGCUACUCCUCAACAGGCUCAGGAAGUGCAUGCGGCAAUCCGCAGCUGGCUGUCCACCAAUGUCUCCAGUGAUGUGGCCGAAAACAUUCGUAUUCAGUACGGAGGGUCUGUGACUGCAGCCAAUGCCACGGAGCUAGCCGCUUGCGCAGACAUCGACGGGUUCCUCGUAGGAGGCGCGAGCCUAAAGCCCGAGUUUGUCGACAUUAUUAACUCGUGUAACUAAUGGCUCAGGUUGUGGUAAAACAUGGACACGUACCACAGACAAUCCACGUUUUUUUAUGUUCUUACUAGCUGUUAAUUCUCAUUUUAGACUCAACUCCACAGUUGCGGUAUUAUGUAGAAAGUUUCACAGUAGCAAGCAAAAUGGUUCGCAGCAGCAACUGUGUUACGGACGUUAGAUUAUAUAAUAGCAAUUCUGUCAUUCGAUGACAGAUUGUUAGCAACUGUGUUGUUCAAUCCAGCGGCAAAUGUAAUUACGCCAUACGAAUUUGUGUAUUAAUUAGGAUUAGUCGUAAUAAGUUGAAACCUAAAAGCCUAAUUAUAGAAAUCUAAAAGCAAGUCAUAUGAAAAAUUUCAAACUGGAACAAAAUAUAUUGAAAAGUUGUAAUUUCAACCAGGUAACUGAUUACUAAAUUAAACUUAAACAUUCUCUUUACUCGUUUUCCAUUUAUUUUACAGUUUCUUUUGAGGGGUACUGCUUAUAAGACACUGUAAUCUGAAAAAUAUAAUGUAAUUUAUGUACUUAUUAAUUUUUUUUUCAAAUUUCGUAUUUGUCGUAUCCAACUUCAUUUAAAUAAGUAUAUUUGAUUGAUAUUUGUUUAUAAUAAUAAUCCCUUGUAUAAGCUUCGAUAUUUCGUCGGCCAUAAACCCUAUUAUUGUGGUAACCUUCCCGUCCUGUAUAAUAGGUACAAAAAGUUAAAAAAUUUUUAAACAUAUCCACUGUCACAUAAUCAAAUUUUAGGUACUUUUAUAUUGUCAUUAAAGUAUAUUGUUUCCCCAUAUUUUUUUAAUAUUCAAAUCAGUGUUGCAGUAGGAGGUAGAAUAAGUAUGUAGUGAUAAGUCUCAAUGAUAAAUGUAAUACAUAUAAUGUCAUUACUUUUAAUCUUAGUGAUACGCCAUACGCUAUAAAUUAUGGCAUUAGUUGUAAUCGAUGUUUGUGAAAGACGAGCGGACAAUUUCAUAUUUCCUAUUUCAAAUGAUGUUUAAUUUUAAGUGCUUUUAAAAUAUUUUUGCUUUUUUCAUCAUUGUUUACUUCGUUAUAGUUACUUUUAAGUAAAUUACUAUAGAAUCGUGUUUAAUUAAUGUUCCAAAUAUGUUUGUUGCUUUUAUUUCGAUAUCAGGUUUCCUUAUAAUUGAAACUGUUUAAAACAUGCUGUUUAUUGAUAAAUUUAAAUAAAGAUAUUAAAUGUGAAAUGGAUUUCAUUUAUUAAAAUACAUCACUCUAGUUAAAAUGGUAAUAAAUAAAUGCUAUGAAAUGGAAUAACCACCAAGCAUGAGCGUUACAAAAAUUUAGGGGCGACACAAUAUAAUCAGUGAUAUUAAUAAUAUUGAAAAAACAUCAAAGUCAUAGGGGUAAUACUGGAUAAGGUCAUGUAGGUCAUUCAUUAGAAGUAUAUGGAGAUUUCAUAGAUAAUUAUAUGAAAUCGUAAAAGUGAUGUCUGUUCUACCGUUAGAUGAUAUAAAUAAAGAGCCAUUUUUCUAAUAUA